AUGCCGAAAACAGACGAAGGUGCUGCACUGGGCCAUGCGUCCUUUUGGGAUGAGCGAUACGCACAGGCGGGUGACAGCACCGAACCUACACACGAAUGGUUUCGCGACUUUGCAUCUCUGGAGCCGUUCUUCGACAAGCAUCUGUUUGCGACUCGAAAGGCGGAGACACAACCAAAGAUAUUGCACUUGGGGAGUGGUGACAGUACCGUACCGUACGACCUGUUGAAGAGGGGAUACAGCAAUCAAUUAUGCCUUGAUUUCUCUGCCGUUGUGGUGGAUCUGAUGAAGUCUCGACAUGAGCAGGAAAAGUGUGUCACGUUCCAGGUCGGAGAUGUGAGAGACAUGAGGGACAUUGAAUCUGGGAGUAUCGACGUUGCGUUCGACAAGGGUACAUUGGACGCUAUGAUCUUUGGCAGUCCGUGGAGCCCACCAGAAGAGACCCUCGAAAACAGCGGAAAAUACAUGAAGGAGGUCCAACGAGUAUUGAAAGAAGACGGCUUCUUUUUGUAUAUCACAUAUCGACAGCCUCACUUCAUCAAGCCUAUCCUGAACCGUGACGGAGAGUGGGACUAUGAUAUGGAGAUCUUAGGGGGAGGCGACAGUAGCUUUGAGUACUACGGCUUCGUGUUGCGCAAGCACAAAUGA